AUGGACAAUGUUUUACUGGACACGACUUACAUUGUGAUAGACAAACCAAGUAGCGACCAUAUAAAACUGCUUGGUAUCAACACAAAUGAAGCCAAUGAGACUGAAGUGCGACUUUUACCUCGGUAAGUGUACAAAGAGAGCUGCUACGGUGUUGACAUAAAGAACCCGCCAUACUUUUCCUGUAACUUCAUUUAAAAAAUGGCGGGUUCUUUAUGUCGGCAUAUUAUUUUUUGGUAAUUACAAGUUUUAUCUCAGUAAGUACGAGUUUUACCUCGGUAACUACGACUUUUACUUCGCUAUGUACAAAUCUUACCUCUGUAAGUAAGACCCUUACCUUAGUAUACAUAACCAAUGUAAAAUUUUUAGAUUUGACACAAGACCAGUUACAGUAACAGUAGACGACGAGCUCGAAGUUACUCUUGACAUCCCUGCUGAUUUGGACCUAUUUUGGUCUCACUGGGACAAAAGUCAUUUUAUAAAAUGUUGAAAUUUGAAUAUGAAACGUAACAGUACAAUACGAAGAAUACGUCAAGGUAGAGUGUCAAUUUUGAAUCAGUACAGAAGAUUUGCCGACAAAUGGAACACCACUUUUCAAAUUGCUUGUGGUACACUGUUAGGUGGGUUCUUUUAAUAGCCCUUGCCCUUGCCCUUGCCCUUGCCCUUGCCCUUGCCCUUGCCCUUGCCCUUGCCCUUGCCCUUGCCCUUGCCCUUGCCUUUGCCGUUGCCUUCAAAAUUCAAAGAAAUUUUUUUUUAUUUUACAGGCUGGUACCGUGGAUGUGACAUAAUCCCCUCAACCCAAGACUUUGAUCUAACUGCCCCUUCAUCACAAAUAACUUCCACAUUCAUGGAAGCUCUACAGUCUGAAUUCCAAGUAAAACAUGUCUUUGGCCACGACAAUGAUUCUCUUGAACUUACCAUGCUAUACCAUGGCAUUCGUACUGACCUCUUCUUCAAAUAUUAUCAUAAUAGUACACAUGACAAGAUAGGAUUAAUAGCUUUUCCCGACUUAAGAAAAAUAGUAUCGUACUAUCCGAAAGUGACCAGUACAUGUGCUGAUGAUCUUCUUGGAGUGUUGGUUUAUGUACCGUGCAAUGUUGAAGAGAUUCUGGAGGCCGAGUACGGUAACUACACAGAAGACAUAUCAUUAGGUGAUUAUACCUAUUUUACCGACUCCAAAAACAUUGAGACUAGGCCGAAGAUGACGGAUGAAGAGUUUAAAAAAGUUGAAAGAAGUAGUUGGCCUUAG